AUGAGUGAAUUCAUUACUGCGGGCUGUGCAGGAACCGCUCACAUCAAAAGCCAGCAGCUCGAAGGCUCUUUGAUCUCCAGCUCAGUACCCUUUCCAGUGGCUCCCUCUCUCCUGCCCAGAAAGUUCUUGCUUCUUCCUCCCUUGAUUUCUGGGGAGAAUUCUAAUGAGCGACCUCCAGGCCGGUCCUCCCACCCAGCGGUCUGCAGGAGAGGGGGAGCACAAGCCAGAACCCACAGUCAGUUCCCUGAAGAGCAGCGGGACCGAAGCCCCUGUCCCCAGCCACACAAAGUGAGACUCAGCUUUCAGGAGCAACUCACGCCCCAGGAGACCUGUGCAAGGACACUCUCAGCGGCAUCGCUGGGAUCGGUCCCAGCUGCAAACCGCUCCAACAGCCAGCAGCCGCAGAAUGGCUAUUCUGUCAUGUGUCCCAACGACGACACAGUAUUCACUAUGUAG